GUCGCGAUUUAUACUUGACAGCUCGGGUGGCGCCUCUCAUCCUUGUCGUGUGUCCUUUCUGCCCCCUGUAUUCCCCGUUUUUUCCCUAUCAUCUCCAACUGAUAGGGGAAAUUAUCCACAUAUAAGAACAGCUGAAAUGAUGUUUAGCUUCGCUGCCCCAUAUUCCGCAUGCUGAAUAUGGCCAUCUAUGUGACACGCAUGUGGAACCUUGAGUAUGGUUUUGAUUGCAGGGUGGGUUUAAGAGGUCUUAAAAACAUCGAGUCUGCAGUUUGCGUUCAAAAUGAUGUUCUGCAGCUCCCUCAGGUCUAUUUUCUUUGAUUGGAAAUAUAAUAUUCAAGAUGCUACUGCUCAAUGUGCUCCUAUGGCUUCCUGUUGUCUUCGCGUCUGGAAACCUCCGCCGAGUCGCGAAUGGGACAGCACCAGUUCUCCCAGACCGCCAACCCUUCGGCUUCGGGUCUGAAGUCACAGGAGGCGGCUCACCAACGCAAGAGAACACAUUCAUCGUGGACAAUAUGAUGGACCUCCGGACGGCAUUGACAUUAACAACACCGCGAACCGUUUACGUCAAGGGUGAGAUAAAGGGCUCCCAGAUCAACCACACAACAUACGGCGAUUGUCAGUAUUAUAUUGACACGAGCAACGUCAAGCAAUACAACUUCACACUCUAUCUUAUGGCCAUUAACACGACGUAUACCGAUGCGGUGAAAGCUGCCGUGGCUGCGGGAGAAAUGUUCGAAGGGCAGAAUGCAACUGAGUACCUCGCCCUGCUAAAUCAUCAAAAUGGCUGGCGCGGCAUCGCCCAGAACGUCCAAAAAUCCCUUGAAUCCAUCGAUGCCCAAGGCAACCUAACCCUCAUAGGCUGGGACUCCUCGUCGUACCUCAACGGCGUCUCCCUCUCCUUCAACCAACGCAGCAACAUAAUCAUCCGGAACUUACGCAUUUCUUCCCCACGAGACUGUUUCCCCUCACCAGAAACCUACCCUGCAACCUGGAACGCACGCUACGAUGCCAUAAGCUUCGUCACGACGACCGACGCCUGGCUCGACGGGAAUAUCCUCGAGGAUUCUCCUUCGGGUGCAGUGGCGCCCGAUCAGUUUCUCUGGGGUUGGGAGGUUGAUCGGUAUGAUGGCCUGUUCGACGUCGAGGAUGGUUCCGAUCGGAUUACAUUCAGUCAUAACGUGGUAGCAAACCAUCAUAAGAGCUUGCUCUGGGGCGGAGGUGAAAAGGAAGGGCCGCGGGAUCUGGGCAAGAUGAAGUUUACGGUCUUUGGGAACCGUUUCUUUAACUCUUUGAGUAGGAAUCCGUUGAUGAGGUUUGGGACGUUUUACAUUGUGAAUAACGUGUUUGAGAAUUAUGCGGAUAGUGCACCGUUUUUUGGCAGCUCUAACUCGACCAUGAGUUGUAGACGUGGUUUGGGUGAGGACAUUAUGGCGACGGGAGUGGGGAAAAGGGAUGAUGAGGAUAACCCUGCCUUCCAGUACAACCUUGGCAUCUACAACAUGUCCUCCGUUCUGGUAUCGGGGAAUUAUUUCGACCAGACGGGCGCGUAUCCGGAUGACGAGAGUCGGAUAUUCACUUUUAGCAACCUGGCUACCCCUGACCAGCCGGCUACGCUCUGCUCACCGCCCGACCUGCGGUCUAUAUCGGACUAUCCGGAGUUGAGCGAUCUCGCAAAGCCAGCCAGCGAGAUGAACGGGCGGUAUGUGAAUCUGGCGGACAACGUAGUCGAGACAUUCAAGUAUUACAUAUCGAAGAAGACGGAUUCGGUCGCUGGCGGACUGGUACAGAGCUGUGCCGGGUUCGAGGGGCAAGAAAUGCCGGUUGCAUUCACCUCGGCUGGAGAGGUGUUGGAGUAUGUGAAGGGAAAUGCUGGGCAAGUAGGCAGAAAUGGGCCAUGAAGAUGGCGUAGGUGUUAGAAUAAUAAAACGAACAGCGACCAAAUGGUGGAAUAGAGGGGGGUUACUACUAUCCCGUAUAUUAAAGAAGCAUUAUCUGAUUAUUCCGCCUGUGUGCCAGUUAUUUUGUCCUCUUCUUGCCUGUCAAGUUGUGCAGCUGAGAAGUCCACCAAUGAGAUGCCCGA